ACAACACGUAAUCUUUAGCUGGUCCCUCCACUCACCCUCCACCAUAAUUUGACUUCACCAAUACCACCUAUUAACUCCCCCUUCUUUCCACCUUCCUUCCACUACACUCUCACCACUAUAUAUAACAAAAAACCCAUCUUACUUUUCCAUCAUCUAAACUCAACUCACAGCAUUUCCCAAUACAUCUUACUUUUAAUUGCUUUCUUCUUCCUCUAAUUAUAAAACCCAAAUGGCAUUUCUUAACACUAGUAUGAUCUUCACUCUUUUUCUUACUAUUUCUUUACUUCAUUUGAUCUCAGCAAGAAAGCUCACUGAAACAGACCAACAACUUAAAUUUCAAUACCACAAAGGUCCUCUCCUAACUGGAAAAAUCUCUAUAAACCUCAUGUGGUAUGGAAAAUUCAAACCAUCCCAAAGAGCCAUCCUCACUGAUUUCAUAACCUCACUCUCUUCUCCCAAACAAACAACCACAUCACAACCCUCCGUUGCCACGUGGUGGAAAUCAACAGAGAAAUAUUACCACCUCACCAACAACAAGAAAUCCGUUAAUCUUGCUCUCUCCCUUGGUGCUCAAAUUCUCGACGAGAAUUACUCUUUAGGAAAAUCUCUUACAACUAACCAAAUCAUUAAACUCGCAUCUAAAGGACAACAACAAAACGCCAUCAACGUUGUUCUAACAGCUUCUGACGUGGCUGUUGAUGGUUUCUGUUCAAGUAGGUGUGGAACACACGGUUCUUCUUAUGGUGCGCGUGUGAACGGGAAACAACACAAAUUCGCAUACAUUUGGGUUGGAAACUCUGAAACUCAAUGUGCUGGUCAGUGUGCUUGGCCAUUUCACCAACCAAUUUAUGGUCCACAAAGUUCACCAUUGGUUGCACCAAACAAUGAUGUGGGUCUCGAUGGAAUGAUUAUAAACGUGGCUAGUCUUUUAGCUGGAACAGUAACAAAUCCUUUUGGGAAUGGAUAUUAUCAAGGACCAAAAGAAGCUCCUUUGGAAGCAUCUUCAGCUUGUACUGGUGUUUAUGCUAAAGGGGCUUAUCCUGGUUAUGCUGGAGAUCUUUUGGUGGACAAAACAAGUGGUGCUAGUUACAAUGCAAAUGGUGUCAAUGGAAGGAAGUAUUUGUUGCCUGCAAUUGUUGAUCCUAAAACCUCAGCUUGCUCUACAUUAGUAUAGAGAAAUACUAAAUGUUUUUUUUAGUUGUUAGACAAUGAGAUAUUCUUUGAUUUGUUCCUUCAUUCAAUUAAUUUGUUAUACGAAAAAUGUUAUUUUGACACCAUAUCCUACAACUACAUCAUAUGUUCAUGAAUACAAUGAAUAAUGAUAUUUAUAUUUUGACUUUUUUUUAA